CUUCAGCGCCCGCUCCGGGGUUCAGUUCUCCUCAGCGGUCGCCGGGAGAUGCACCGAGAAUACAGACAGUGUGCCGGGGCACGCCGCUCUCACGCCUAAUUACUAUGUGCAUUGUUUAACUGAAGAUGGCUGAUCAACUGUCUUUACGGCAGUCACAAGAAAAGACCCGUGCCUCAAAAACUGAUCAAACUAUAUAUUCACAUCAUUUCCUAAUUCCAAAUGCUGUUACGUCAAAAAAGAUUUAUUUUUAUAAAAGUGGAGACCCAAUGUUUUCUGGAAUUAGGAUGGCUAUCAACAGUCGUACCUUUAAGACAUUUGAUUCUUUAUUAGAUGAUUUGUCUAACAAGAUUCCAUUGCCAUUUGGAGUACGAAGGAUUACCACGCCCCGCGGUGGUAAUAGUGUGAGAAGUCUUUCAGAUCUUAAAGAUGGACAAUCUUACAUUUGCUCUGACCAAAGAAAAGUGAAGCCGAUUAACCUUGAGAUGGCUAAUAGGAAACAACAUCCCUGGUUUAUUAGCAAAUCAUUUCAUAGAGAGCCGUCUACAGAACAGUCCAGAAUUAAAGUUUCCAAAACAUUUUAUGACGAUUCACCACAAUCCACAGGAAUUCCAAAGAAACUUAUCAUUUUCAAAAAUGGCGAUCCUAGUUUCAGACGUAAUCUAGUUAUGAACAAGCAAACUGCGGGAAACUUUGAAGUACUACUAAAUUCUAUUACUGAGCUAAUGAGUUUUAAUGUGGUACAACUAUACAGUACAGAUGGGAAAAAGCUUGAAACCCUCUAUCCGGUGAAGAAUGUAUUAGAUGCUGUGGUUGCUGCUGGUCGAGAGGCAUAUAAGCCGAGAAAAUAUGAUAUUUCAAGAUUGGUCCUCCCCAAUAGAUUACCACCUAUGGCAAAUCGUGUUCAUCCCAAUAUUGUGAGCAAAAUAGACACCAGACUCCGAAAUAAGUGGAAGAUAACUGUUCGCACUGGUGAUCUACCAACUGCAGGUACAACUGCUCAGGUUCACAUCGUUCUCUAUGGGGAAGAGGGAAAUUCAAGAAUACAUUUACAUCAUGGAGGUUCGCACGCAAAGUUUCAAAGUGGGCAAAAAGAUGUUAUAAUUGUAAACACAAAGAAUAUUGGAAAAUUAUACAAAAUUCGCAUUGGGCACAACAAUACCGGAAAAUUCCCUGGAUGGCAUUGUAAAUCGAUCCAUUUACAGAAUACUUCCUCGGGUAAAGAGUACCACUUUAAUGUAAAUAGCUGGAUGGAUCGGAAUAAAGGCGAUGGAGAAGUCUGCAGAGAAAUGCCUGUUUUGGAGAAUGGCAAAGAAGUCUUCCCAGUGACUGACUAUGAGAUCUUCAUUGUAACUGGAGAUCUUUGGAAUGGUGGCACAGAAGCCAAUGUCUACAUUGUGAUAUAUGGCAAGAGAGGUGAUACAGGUUCAAGACAGCUUCUUAGGUCAAAUAAUCCAUUGAAGUUUCGAAAGGGCCAGACUGAUAUCUUUUCAUUGAAAGCUGUGCACCUUGGCAAACCACAAAAACUUGUAGUUGGCCAUGACGGUCUUGGUGCAGGACAUGGCUGGUUUCUGGAGAAGAUUACAAUAAAAGACUCUGUUAAAGGCAGCAAAGGAUUUCUUUUUCCAUGCCACAGAUGGCUGGACCAGGGAGAAGAGGAUGGUAAAAUUGCACGGGAACUUUACGUUGCUGAUAACUUUACCUUUCCGGCAAAACAUGAGCUGGAAUUGAGAAGAAAGGAAAUUUGGGCUGUUGAGAAGUGGAAGUUCAUGGCAGGGAGGAUUUUGCAGUUUUAUUGCAAACCAAUUGGAAAGUUCAUACGUCUGAUGCCAGAUGGCACUGUUGAUGCUACUGGAGAGAAGGAUGAUCACAAUGCUCUUUUUGAAGUUUCUGUGCCAAAGAAAGGGAUUCAAGUAUUCAGCAGCGUGGUUACCCCUAAUCUAGCUCUUGCUAUUGGACAUAAUCAUGUCAUUGCUUUGGAGGGAAGUGAAACUCUGUGUGAAUUGACGAUACAUCCUAAGACAAAUUAUUCUGUUAUACUGGAGUCUGUUCAGAUUCCGGGACAAAUAAUCGCAUUUAACAGUGAAGGAAAGCCUGUUGUGGCAUCGUCAAAAGAAAAUCCAGAAAUUAUCAAGGACUUUAUUGUUCACGUUAAGAAUGCAUUCGAGGAUGGUGCAGUGCUUCUGCUGAAUACUAGUCUUUACCAGAGUCUUUGUAUCACUUCCAAAGGAGCCUGCCUCGGAACAGGAAAACAAUUUAAAAUAUCUUAUUUGUUGUUGCACAAAGUCAGCCCAGCGGUUUACAUGUUUGAGAGUGUACAGAAACCAUUCAAAUUCAUACAAAUGAAAAAUGGUAAAUGUGAUGGACAGGGCACAGGAGAUGAGUUCUGUCAAUUUCGGGUCCAAAGAAAUUUAGAAAAUGCAACUAUAAGCCUCGAGUCUGUGAUGAGCCCAGGAAUGUAUCUUGGUCUUCUCCCAGAUGGCAACACAAGACCAUUUGAAUCUUCUGAAGGAAUCAAUACCAUGUUCUACCCCCAGGCAAUUAACAUGGCAAAGGAGAAGCAAAUAAAAAGCAAAAGUUUGGGUGUCCUUUUGGAAAUUAAACAAGAGAAGUCAAAGAAAAAGAAAUAUCUUCAUAGAAUUUCUCCUGACACAUGGAAAGUGGUGACACAGGCAGGUGAGGCUGGCACUAAAGCCCAAGUUUCCAUGUGGGUAUGUGGCGACAAAUCUACGGCAGGACCAAUAAUUCUUAAGGAAAGCAACAAUACAAAUCCUUUUAUUUCGAAUCAAACUGAUGAAUUUCAGAUCAAUUUCAAAAAUGUUGGCCAGGUCUUUAAAAUCCGCAUUGCACAUGAUGGUUCAAGCAACCAGCCGGACUUGAAGCUGAACAAGAAGGUUGGUGGUGGAAUGCCACUUAGUCCACCAGUCUCAAGUGCACCUGUUACUUUCCCGAGAGUAAACCCACAGAAAGCAUUUGGUCCAGGUGGAGUCCCCAGCUACGUCCUCAGGACCUGUGUGGAUCAGCUGGCAGAUGUGUUCAGGGACAUCUUUAAUCUCUCACUACUCCAUUCUGAGGUCCCCACUAUCAUCCCAGUGCCAGAGGAAAAUAAGGUAUGGAUGGAACAUUUAGAAAAUGGACACAUUUUAAAAUUUAAGGCAGACAGAUGGUUAUCAUUUCAUCAUGAUGAUGGAGAAAUUUUACGUGAAUUCCCUGUCAUACGGGAAGAUACAGGCAAGCCAAUUUAUCCAGUAAUGAAAUACCAAGUACGUAUACAUACUGAACAUUUGGAAAAUGAUGAUUCAUAUCUUCCCAUCUACAUCUGCAUCUAUGGGAAAAGAGGAGACACUGGACUCCGUUAUCUAUACACAUUUGAUCAAUCUGCCAAAUUGGAACAUGGACAGAUUGGAUUUUUCCAAUUGGAAGCUGUGUCCUUGGGUGAGCUGCAGAAAGUGCUCCUGCACACUGAAGCCAAUGACAAACAACCUUGGUUUUGUGAACAAGUGGUCAUUAAAGAGCAGGAUAACAAUCAAUUAGAAUAUGUCUUCAGCUGUAACAGGUGGUUUCCAUAUACCUUAAUGGAUGUUUUGCAUACAACUAUUGAGAUCCCACUUUCUGAAAUUCAUGAAGAAAUGGAUUCUAGCCCACUUGAAAUUGAACAAGAAGUACAUGAAGAAAAUGAUUCUGGCCCCCCUGAAAUUGAACAAGAAGUUCGUGAAGAAAUGGAUUCUGGCCCCCCUGAAAUUGAACAAGAAAUUCAUGAAGAAACGGAUUCCAGCCCCCCUGAAAUUGAACAAGAAAUUCGUGAAGAAAAGGAUUCUAGCCCCCCUGAAAUUACUCAAGGAGAUAAGUGGGAGCUGUUAGUCACUACUGGAAAUUUCAAAAGCGCUGGGACCGAAGCUACUGUCAUCAUACAUAUCUAUGGGGACAAAGGAACGUCAGGCCCAAUUGUCUUAGGCACUGGAACGCAUCAGCUAUUCAAACCACAAAAUACGGAUGUAUUUCAGAUUAAUCCAACUGAUGUUGGGGAGCUAUAUAAAAUUCGUAUCGGCCAUGACAAUGUUGGAGAGAAACCAGGCUGGUUUGUGGAUGAUAUAAAAAUGAAAGAAGUAAAAACCGGACGGAUUAUCAGUAUUCCUGUCAACCGUUGGCUUGACGAGACUCAAGAUGAUGAAGAUGUGUGGAGGGAAUUUCCUAUAAGCAAACCAGGAGAAAAGCCACUUCCGGUACUGCUUUAUCAUGUUCACGUGUUUACCGGUGACAAACCUGAAGCAGACACCGAUGAUGAUGUUUUCAUCAACAUAUUUGGUGAAAGAGGAGACACAGGCAAACGGAAACUACAUAAGUCGCAAAACAGUCAAAUAAAAUUUCAAAAAGAGCAGAUAGACACCUUCAUUCUUGAGGCAGUUUCUGUUGGAAUACUUAAAAAGAUUGUAAUUGGACAUGAUGGUGUGAAAGCAGGAAUGGCACCUUGGGUGCUCCGAUAUCCAGAAGACAGUAAAAUGACACCCAUCCUGCUGGACACAGAAGCGCCCGUCAACUACCUCCCCCUGGUCCAGCAACAUUGUCAGCUGGCGCAGGAUGGAAAUCACGCGCCGCGGAUCCUUUUUGCGGAAGCUCUGGGAUAUCGGGGUGACAUCCGUGAGUACCUUCCCCAGGGUGUGAAGGAGGGGAAGAAGGGCCUCAUUUGUGAUGCAGGGCGGGACGUAGUAUUCCAUAACCUCUCAAAUGAGCCCCGGAAGCGGCGAUCCUCCAGCAGCCGGAUGUUAAAGUGCCAGUACGAUUACCCACCCCUCGUGCGCAGUGGGGUAAACUCUGCCCACACCAGUUGGUGGUACGAGAACGGCACCAGCAGCUUGGAGGAUGCCGAGACGCGGGAGACGUACGCCCGAGAAAUGUACAGGCAGUCGAUGCGAGACCCGCCCCCCUCUGACCUCCUGGAGAAGGCACUAGAGUCGGGGUGGAGGUUCCUCCAAGUGUCUACCAAGUCAAAGGAGCCCACAAACUCCUUCAAUUUCUUCACUGACACCGACACCUGGCCGCGAUGGAUACCGGGACGGUCAUCUUCCACAAGGGUGCAGUUGAAAUCACCCCCGAGGAUCACGCAGUCGCCAGGGUCGAUGGAGUUCAGCAGGGUAGACACCUCCCGGAACAGGCGCAUCUGCAACACGGCGAGCUUGGGGGCGUACACGUUGACAAAAUGCAACGGCACGCCAUCCAGGCGCACGGCCAAGUGGUUAGCUUUAAAUCAGGAUGAUCACAAAACUGAAAGGGAACUGAUAGCAGAUUCCUCC